GCCCGGGAAGCUCCGGUCUGGAUCAGAGUGAUGGCGGCGGCGUCGGGCUCAGUUCGGCUGCAGCGCUGCGUGGUGUCGCCGGCUGGGAGGCACAGCGCCUCUCUCAUCUUCCUGCACGGCUCAGGUGAUUCUGGACAAGGAUUGAGAAUGUGGAUCAAGCAAGUUUUAAAUCAAGAUUUAACGUUCCAACACAUAAAAGUUAUUUAUCCAACAGCUCCUCUCAGGCCAUAUACGCCUUUGAAAGGAGGAAUCUCCAAUGUAUGGUUUGACAGAUUUAAAAUAUCUAAUGAUUGUCCAGAACACCUUGAAUCAAUUGACGUAAUGUGUCAGGUGCUCACUGAUUUGAUAGAUGAUGAAGUAAAAAGUGGCAUCAAGAAGAACAGGAUAUUACUAGGAGGAUUUUCAAUGGGAGGGUGCAUGGCAAUGCAUUUAGCCUAUAGAAAUCAUCCAGAUGUGGCAGCAGUAUUUGCUCUCUCCAGUUUUCUGAAUAAAACAUCUGCUGUUUACCAGGCUCUUCAGAAAGGUGAUGGUGCACUUCCUGAGUUAUUUCAGUGUCACGGUACUGCAGAUGAGUUAGUUCUUCAUUCUUGGGGUGAAGAGACAAACUCAAUGUUAAAAUCUCUAGGAGUGAGCACAAAGUUUCAUAGUUUCCCAGGUCUUUACCAUGAGUUAAGCAAAGCUGAGCUAGAAAAACUGAAGUCAUGGAUUCUUACAAAGCUACCAGGAGAAUUGGAAAGACAAACUUAAUGAAUCAAGAUUGAUGUGUUAAUAUGCAUGUAACGUCUUUAUGAAAAGUGAUUUUUACUGCCAAAUUCUAAUUUGAUAAAUAGUAAUUAAAAUACUAAGAAAUACCAACAGUUUACUGACUUAUUAGUUAUUAAAAUGUUUGCACCAUGGAGAGUAGUAUAAUUUUAUCGAUGGUAAACAUUAAUUUAGGCAGACACAUUUUUAUAAAUAUUUGGAGACCUUUUAAGUAACUAAAUACUGAAAUUUUGGAAAGGAAUUAAACUAGCAUCAUAAAGGCAAUGAGAUACUGUGAAAAGACUUAACAUGAUAUUAUUUUCUUUGUUACCACUUUCUUUAAAUUGCCUUUCCAGAGGUGCUCAUGUUUGUGUAAUUUUCCACGGAGUAACAUUAGUACUCCACGUUUGUGAAGCGGUUUCGUGUAAUCUCCCCUGAUCAUCACAAGAGCUUGAUCAAGUAGACUGAGUAGUUGUUAUUGGUAUUUGAUCAUAAGGAUAGAAAGAUUAAAGACUUUCCCAGAGCCUCAAGAAUGGAGACUAGAAUCCAGGCCUUCUGGUUCCCAGCAGAGCUCCCUUUCUGAGACCAGAUCGCUGCCCUGCUCCAGUCCUAGGAUUCCAGAUCCUUGUCAACACUCAGGAUGGCCAAUCUUUUAAAUUUUAUCCAUUCCAGUGGGUACAUAAUGGUAACACUUUAUGGUUUUAUUUUGCAUUUUCCUAAACUAAGAGUUAAGCAAUUUUUACAUGCUUAUUUAUGAUCUGUAUAAAUUCUGUGAUGAUAUCUCUAUUCAAAUCUUUUGCCCAUUUUUCAUUAGGCUGUUUUUCUGUAUUCUUUACUUUUUAUGCACUUUUAUGUAUUUAAUUUUUUUAAUGGAGGUAUAAUCAGUUACAAUGUGUCAGUUUCUGGUGUACAGCAUAAUAUCCCAGCCAUGCAUAUGUAUACAGAUAUUUGUUUUCAUAUUCUUUUUCAUUAAAGGUUAUUGUAAGAUACUGAGUAUAGUUCUUUGUGUUAUACAGAAGAAAUUUGGUUUUUAAUCUAUUUUUAUAUAUAGUGGUUAUCAUUUGCAAAUCUCAGACUCCCAAAUUUAUCCUUUCCACCUCCUUUCCCCUGGUAACCAUAAGAUUGUUUACUAUGUCUGUGAGUCUGUUUCUGUUUUGUAGAUGAGUUCAUUAGUGUCCUCUUUUUUCUUUUCUUUUUUUUCUUUUUAGAUUCCACAUAUGAGUGAUAUCAUAUGGUAUUUGUCUUGCUUUUUCUGGCUUACUUCACUUAGAAUGACAAUCUCCAGAUCCAUCCAUGUUGCUGCAAAUGGCGUUAUCUUAUUAUUUUUUAUAGCUGAAUAGUAUUCAAUUGUAGAAAUACACCACAACUUUUUUAUCCAGUCAUCUGUGGAUGGACAUUUAGGUUGUUUCCAUGUCUUAUCUCUUGUAAAUACUGCUGCUAUGAACAUUGGGGCAUAUGUAUCUUUUUGAAUUAGAGUUCCCUCAGAUGUAUACCCAGGAGUGGGAUUGCUGAAUCAUAUGGUAGACUCUGUUUUUAGUCUUUUGAGGAAUCUCCAUACUGUUUUCCAUAAUGGCUGCACCAAAUUAUAUCCCCACCAGCACUGUAGGAGGGUUCCCUUUUCUCCACACCCUCUCCAGCAUUUGUUGUUUGUGAACUUUUUAAUAAUGGUCAUUCUGACUGGUGUGAGGUGGUAUCUCAUUGUAGUUUUGAUAUGCAUUUCUCUGAUAAUUAGUGAUAUUGAGCAUUUUUCAUGUGCCUAUUGGCCAUUUGUAUGUCUUCAUUGGAGAAUUGCUUAUUUAGGUUUUCUGUCCAGUUUUGGAUUGGGUUGUUUGUUUUUUUGUUACUAGAUUGUAUGAGCUAUUUAUAUAUUCUGGAAUUAAACCUCUGUCAGUUGCAUGAUUUGCAACUGUUUUCUCCCAUUCCAUAGAUUGUCUUUUUGUUUUACUUAUGGUUUUCUUUGUUGUGCAAAAGCUUCUAAGUUUAAUUAGGUCCCAUUUGUUUAUUUUUGCUUUUAUUUCUAUUGCCUGUCCUUGGAGAACAUUGCUAAGAUUUAUGUCAGAGAAUAUUUUGCCUGUGUUUUCUUCUAGGAGGCUUAUCUUGUCUUGUCUUAAAAUAUUUAACUCUUUAAGCCAUUUUGAGUUUAUUUUUGUGUAUGGUGUGAGGGAAUGUUGUAACUUCAUUGAUUUACAUGCAGCUGUUCAGUUUUCCCAACACCACUUGCUGAAGAGACUGUCUUUACUCCAUUGUAUGUUCUUGCUUCCUUUGCCGAAGAUUAAUUGGUUGUUUUCUUACUGCAUUGUAAGUGUUUUUUCUAUAUGCUAGAUACAAAUCCUUUGUUAGACAGAUUUUUGCAAAUCUGGUUUCUUAGUCUGUGGCUUGCCUUAUUUUCUUUACAGUUAGUGAAAGAAAGAGCCAAGUUUUUAAUUUCAUGAAGUCCAGUUUAUUCAUUUUUUUCAUUUAUUUAUACUUUGUACUUUUGAUGUUGUAUUUAAGAAAUCUUAAGAAAUCCUAGGUCACAAAGAUUUUUCUCUUUUUUUUUUCUUCUAGAAGUUUAUUAGCUUUAGAUCUUAUAUUUAGUCUGUGAUCAAUUUCAAGUACAUGUUUGUAUAUGGCAAGAGUAAGUAUCAAGGUACAUUUUUUUUUGCCUCUGGCUAUCUAAUUAUUCUAGCACCAUUUAUUAAAAAGACUAUCCUUUCUCCACUGAAUUAAUUGCCUUUGCACUAUUGUUGAAAGUCAGUUGUUCAUACACAUGUGGGUUAAUUUGUGUACCUAUUACAUCCCAUGAAUCUAUUUGUCCAUCUUUAUGCUAGUACCACACUGACUUGAUUACUGUAGCAUUAUAAUAAGCCUUGAAUCAGAGUGUCAGUGUCCUAUAAUGUUGUUGUUCUCUUUUUGAAGUCGUUUUGCCUAUUCUAAGUCCUUUGUGUGUCCAUAUUAAUUUUAUAAUCACUUUCAACUUAGGGAACAUUGACAUCUAAAUAAUACUGGGUACAUACUUUGUGUCCAUGUCUUAAGUUCUUUAUUGAUUUCUCCCUGAAAUUUUUGUGAUUUUCAGAACAGGACUUUCUUAUCUCUUGUCAGAUUAAUCCUUUGAUGUUACAUAUUUUUGAUGCUAUUAUAAAUAAUAUUUCUUAAUUUUAAUUUCCUACUGUUUAUUGCUAAAAUAUAUACUAUUUAUUUUUAUAUGUUCAUCUUGUAUCCUGCAAUCUUGUUAAAAUUUAGUCCUUGUACUUAAAAGAAAAAGUGCAGUAGAGUUUUCUACAUAGAUGAUUAUGUCAUCUGCAAAUAAAAGUAGUUUUACUUCUUUCUUUUAAAUCUGAAUGCCUUUCUUUCUUUCUUUUUGUGUUAUUAUUAUUUAUUAGUCUUGUUCUUGCAGUUUGUUUUAUUUCAUGACCUGGACUCUCUAGUACAAUAUUUUGUAAAAGUGGUAAGUUUGGACAUCUUUGCCUUGUUCUUGAUACUUCAAGGUAAAGUAGCCACUCUUUCUCUGUAUGUAUGUUCAACCUAAGUUUUUCAAAGAUGCCUUUUAUCCACUUGAGGAAGUUGCCUUCUGCUCCUUUUUUGUGUGAGUUUUUAUCAGAAAUGGCUAUUGGAUUUUGGACAUGCUGUUUUUAUAUCUGUUGAAUUGAUCACAUGAUUUGUUGUGGGGAUUUUUGUCUAUUAAUAGGAUGAAUUACAUUGUUUUUCAAAUGUUACACCAACUUUGCAUUACUGGGCUAAUGUUUAUUAUUUUUAUAUAUUGUUUGGUUCUGUUUGCUAACAUUUUGUGUAAAGUUUUUGUUUCUAUAUUCAUUAGGAAUAUUGGCCAGCAAUUUUCUUUUCCUGUAUUGUCUUUAUCUGGUUUUGAUAUCAGGAGAAUUCUGUCCUCAUAGAAUGAAUUGAGAAGUAUGUCCUUUUUUUUCAAUUUUCUGGAAGAGUUUGUGUAGAAUUAUUAUUUCUUCUUUAAAUAGUCUAUAGAAUAUACCAUUGAAGCCAUCUGGGCCUGGAGUUUUCUUUGUGGGAAGCUUUUUAACUACAAAUUCAAGUUUUUAAUAGCUUAGGUAAUUUAUUUCUUCGUGAGUGAGCUUUUAUACUUGUGUGUUUGAAGUAAUUUGUCAACUUCAUCUAAUUUGUUCACUUUUUUCAAAUUCAUUAGCAUAAAGUUCAUAAUAUUCUCUUACUUGCCUUUAGAAACUACAAACUGUAGUGAUGGCAGCUCUCUCAUUCUUGAUGGUAUUUGGUGACUUUUGUCUCUUUUUUUUUUUUUCUAAAUCUGUCUAGAUAGAGGUUUACCAAUUUUAUUGAUGUAUCAGAGAACAAGUUUUGGUUUCUUUGAUUUUUUUGUUUUUUAUUUUGUUAAUUUGUUAUAAUCUCAUUAUAUCUUUUCUUUGUUUAAUUUGGGUUUAAUUUUUUCUUCUUAUUCUAAUUUAUUUACAUGGAAGCUGAGUUCUUUGUUGGAGAUCUUUUCUAAUACACUCCUUUAGUGCUAUACAAUUUCCCACAAGUAUUGUAUCAGUAGCAUCCCACAAUUUAUUUUUUAAUAUUUUGCACUUUCAUUUUCAUUCAGGUCAAAUCUUUCUAAAUUCCCUUUUGAUUUCUUCUUUAACCCUUGGUGAUUUGAAAUUGUGUUAUUUUGUUGCAAUAUAUUGGGGAUUGUCUGGAGAUCUUUGCUAUUGAAUUCUAAGAUAAUUCCAUUGUGGUCAAGAGCGCAUACUUUGUAUGAGGUGAAACCUUAUAAUUUAUUGUGACUUGUUUUAUAGCUCAGAAUAUGGUCUAUGUUAGCAAAUGUUUUGUAUGCACUUGAGAAAAAUAUGUAUGCUGCUCAUGUUGGGUGAUGUGUUCUAUACAUAUCGAUGCGAUCAAGUUGAUUGAUAACCUUGUUUAAGUCUACUAUAUCCAUGCUGAUUUUCUGCCUAUUUGUUUUAUGAAUUAUUGAGAGAAGAAUAUUGAACGUUCUAGCUGUAACUCAGUUUGUUUUUUUCUUUGCCAUUUUUUCAAUUUUUGCUUCAUGUAUUUUGAGGCUCUAUUACAAGAUGUAUAAACAUAUAUGACUGUUAUGUCCCCCUGAUGAAUUGACCUCUUUUUCUUUAUGCAAUGAUCAUCUUUAUCCCUGAUAGAUUUUUUGCUCUGAAAUACUCAUUGUGUGAUAUCCAUAUAGCCACUCCAGCCUCCUUUGGACUAGCGUCUUUUUCUGUAUUUCUCUCUUAACCUAUUUUUGCCUUUGUAUGUAAAGUGCAAUUCCAUCAGGCAGAAUACAGCUAGGCCUUCUUUUUCUAUUCAGUAUGAUCAUCCCUGCUUCUUAAUUGAUUGCUUAGACCUUUUUAAUGUGGUUGUUGACAUGUUUGGAUUUCAAGCUGCUAUCUUAUUAUUUUCUCUGUAUUCCAUUUCUUCUUCUUUAUUCUUUCUCCCUUAUUCCUCUUUCUCUACUCCUUCCUCCCUUUUUUUUUCCUUGAAUUGUGUGUUUUGGGUUUUUGGGGUUUUUUUGCUGGCUUCUUAGCUAUGAUUUUUUUGUACUUUUAUUUUAAUGAUUAAGGCUUAUAGCAUAAUAAUUUUUAAAAGUUUGCAAUAAUUACAAAUUCACAGUAAGUUUCAAAGAUAGAGGAGUCCAGGCCCCCUGCACCCAAUUUCCCCCAGUGGUUACAUCUUAGGUAACUGUAGUAUAAUAUCAAAACCAGGAAGCUGACUUUGGUACAAUGUAUGUGUUUAGUUAUAAUGCCAUGUUUUCACAUGGCUGCAUGGAUUCUUGUAACUACCACUACAGUCAAUAUGCAGAACUGCUCCAUCACCGUAAAGCUGCCUAUUGUGCUACAGGUUAUGGACACAGCCAUCCUUUCCCCUGUCACCACCUAACCCAUGACAACCCAUGAUAUGUACUCCAUCUCUAUAACUGGACAUUUUGGGAGUGUUAUAGAAGUAGAGUUACGCAGUUUGUGACAUUUUGUGAUUGGCUUUUUUCACUCCAUCCAAAUUGUUGCGUGUAUAUCAGUAGUUCAUUUUUUUAUUGCUGAGUAGUAUGCCAUGACAUGAAUGUAUUGCAGUUUGUUAAACUGUUCUCCAAUUAAAGAAAAUUCUGAUUGUUUCCAGUUUUUUGGCUAUUACAAAUAAAGCUGUUAUGGACACUUUUA